AUGCUCUGCUGGUCCGGCUCCUUUUAUCCUCAACCGAUCAAGAACUGGCGUCGACGCUCUACGUCGGGUCUAGCUAUCGCUUUUCCAACGGCAAACGUACUUGGUUUCAUCUGCUACGCAGUGUAUACCUUUACAUUCCUGUACUCGCCCAUUAUCCGCGACCAGUAUGCUGCUCGUCAUCCGGCGGCUCCGGAACCGUCUGUACGAGCCAACGAUGUAGCAUUUGCUGUUCAUGCAGUCAUACUUAGCGUGACGACGUAUACCCAGUUUUUCCCGAUGAUAUGGGGGUUCAAGGUAUCUGCGUAUCAGAACAUAGGGCCCGUGGUUGGCGGUAUCAUCUGGGGAUGCGUGCUUAGUAUCUUCGGCGUUUUCCUAUUGGCAUGGUCCAAGGGCGGUAACGAUGCUUCUGAUUGGGCGUGGAUCGAUGUUAUAUAUACCAUGUCUUACGUCAAACUGUUCGUGACGGUGGUCAAGUAUUGUCCGCAGGUAUAUCUGAACUAUCGGCUGAAAUCGACUGUGGGAUGGAGCAUUAACCAGAUCCUCCUGGAUUUGAUUGGUGGUAUCCUGUCACUGUUGCAGUUGGUGAUUGAUUCUUCGCUCCAGAACGACUGGAGCGGCAUUACUGGGAACCCGGCGAAGUUUGGGCUGGGGAACGUGAGCAUAUUCUUCGACCUGGUGUUUAUAGUGCAGCACUACAUCCUUUAUCGCGGAAGGUGUGAGUCGUCGAAGGAUAAUGAGGAUGUUGAGGACCCUGUGAUGCAGCCGCUGCUUGGCUCUACAGCAUAG